AUGGUCAUCGGAAAAGCAAUCGUUGCCCGGGAGCCGAUCCAUCCUCUGACCGUGAAUUGGGCAUUAGAGGAAGUGAAUGUUAAAUCACCAGGCGAAGACGAGAUCCUCGUCGAAAUGCGCGCUUCAGGAAUAUGUCAUACUGAUAUUUUGUUGACUUCAGUACCCAAUGGACAAUUUGGUAUCACAUAUCCGAAGGUAGCGGGACAUGAAGGUGCCGGCAUUGUACGAAGUAUCGGUAAAAAUGUUCAUGCCGUCAAAAUUGGUGACCCAGUUCUUCUGUCUUUCUCUUCUUGUUCAUCGUGUCAACAAUGCAAGAACUCGCAUCCUGCGUACUGCAAGGACUUCGCGCAAGAAAACUAUUCCGGCCACCAAAAGCAGAUGUUAGUACGGGAGAGUGGCGAAGAACUGUGGGCCAAGUUUUUCGGCCAGUCUAGUUUCGCACAGUACAGCAUCAUCAGCGAAGCAAGCGUUGUCAAUGCCAAGAGCCUUCUGGACCAUGAUCACGAACUGCAACUUUUCUCCCCUCUAGGUUGCGGAUUCCAGACAGGAAUGGGUGCCAUUCAAAACAUAACCAACGCAGGACAGGCUGAUACAGUAUUGAUCUUAGGGUUGGGUGCUGUGGGAAUGGGGGCUCUCAUGACCGCAAAGAUACGCAAUUGCAAAGCAAUCAUCGUUGUGGAUCGGGUCAAAGCACGUCUUGAACUGGCCAAAACUCUUGGAGCGUCGCAUACUUUGGAUACUAGCAGCCCAGAUUUCACCACACUAGACGAAGAGGUCAAGAAAUUGAUACCCAACGGAGUCUCCAUUGCAAUCGAAACGACAGGGGUGCCUGUUCUAAUGGAGCACGGGCUCCAAUCUACAACUACGCGAGGCAGGAUGGUGCUCAUUGGGGUACCACCGCUAGGGUAUCGCUUUAGCUUUGACGUGACAGAACAGAUUAAUGCCAUUCCACAGAUGAUCAAGUGGUACCGGGAAGGUCGCUUUCCUAUCGAUAAAUUGAUCAAGUUCUUCAAUGCUACAGAUUAUCAACAGGCCCUGGGUGGCUUGAAGGAUGGAACUGUGAUUAAACCAGUUUUACUAUGGACAGAACAGUAG